GUAUUUCUGCCUUUGUAGAAGUUUGGUCAUCUAACAGAACUGAAAAUUACUCAAAAACCUUUGAACAGCAACUUCUUGAUUUGGGAGCAAAAGUUUCAAAAACUUUGAACAAGCAUGUGACCCAUGUAGUCUUCAAAGAUGGACGUUUGGCUACAUGGAGAAAAGCACAGAAGAUGGGUGUAAAAAUAGUUUCUGUACUUUGGGUGGAGAAGUGUCAAGAAACUGGAGUGCGUGUUGAUGAAUCCUUAUUUCCUGCAGUAGACACUAAUGAAGAGUUACCACUACGGAUCAAAAAACACAAAUGUAUGCAGCCAAAAGACUUCGUGGAAAAAACUCCAGAAAAUGAUAGAAAGCUGCAGAGAAGACUGAACCAGAUGGCUAAAGAAUUAGCUGUACAAAAGAUAGCAAUUCAUGCUGAAACUGAUGUGCCAGUUUUACUAUUUGAAGACAGCGGUUCACUUGUAUACAGUCCUGUUAAUAAGAUAAAAAAUCAAUGCAGUGCAAUGGAAAGAAGAAUAAAGGAGAUGAAGGAAAAAAGAGAAAAUAUUUCUCCUACUGCUUCACAAAUGUCUCAAAUACCUCCAAGCAGUUCACCAGGAGACUGCCCACUCUCUACAUGUGUCUUAACUAAUUCAGAAGAUGCAUCGCUAGCAGGAGAACAAACAGAAGACUGCUUGAACUCAAGUUAUUAUCUUUGGGGACCUGAUAAAGUAAAAAGACAGAAAACGGAGGUAAUAAAACACGCCUGCGAUACUUGGACUGAUAUUAAUAUAUCCAUGAAUGCAUCAGUGAAUUCUCCCUCACAUAGCUAUGAGCGGAAGAGCUUAACAACAGAACAACACAUCAGAAGACACUUAGGAAAGAAACGGAUUUUGCAGCACACUUUGGAUGAUAAACUGUCUUUAGAAAAGAAAGAUAUAAAAGACUUUCUGAAGAAAAAUCAGAAGGCUGAAAACAGCAUGACUAAUUCAGUUGCAAAUGAAAGUUCUCAUCUCCAAAUCAAGGGCUUGGGUCAUAUUACUGCUUCAGAAACAAUAAUCAAGUUAAAGACUGUUCCUGCUUUGUUUGACAGUAUCUCUAAUUCACCUAUGAACAGUGAAGACUUAAAUACAUGUUCAUUGGAUAGAAGUUUCCAUGUUGACAGAAAUGAUUGUAUUCUUGAACACAAAAAGAAGAAGAAACUACAAACACGACCUAGUUUGAAACUGGCUACCUCAGAACUGGGUGCAUCAGAAUCUCAAGAGUUCUUGCAAGCAGUUACUAUAUAUAACAAGUCUUCUUGUGAUGAAGAGGAUUCUUAUGAAGACUUCUUUUCAUCAUAUAAUUUGAAUGAAAAUGAAGUACAGGUACAAGUACAAAAGGAAUCACAGAAUCCUCCUAAAGUUUGUUGCAAAAACUCUUUUACAAGCAUGGGCUCACUUGAUGUGAGUUUCUCUAAGCCAUUUAAUACUUCCAAGAAAAGUAGGAAAGAGUCAAUUCUAGAAAAUGCAGUUUCAGUAAAGAAAAACAUCAAACCAGCUGAACAUCCUGGAAGUGUGCCAUUAAAUUAUACAUCAGAUGGUGAAAAGGCCGACCCUGCAGAAGCUCUAGGUUCUGAUGAUGUGAAUAGGCUGCCUCAGCAUGCUUAUGAAAAAUCCUACAGAACCAGUAUGAAUUACCGUACUCACACUACUGGUGAUGAAAAUGAAGUUUCAGAGUGUCAUGUUACUGAUGGCUCUUGCAAAGUCUUUAAUGAACAAAAGAAUAAGCACAAUGGGGGGUUAAGAAAAACUAGAAGACUCCAAAAGCCAACAAGGACACUGGUUAUGACAAGUAUGUCUUCUGAGAAGCAAAAUACAGUAAUUCAGGUGGUGAAUAAACUUGGAGAUUUUUUGUUCUCAGAUGAUGUAUGUGAAACAACAAGUCAUGUAGUUACAGGGAGUCCUCGUCGUACCUUGAACGUUAUGCUGGGAAUUGCUCGUGGGUGUUGGAUUGUUUCUUAUGAAUGGGUUCUGUGGUCUUUGGAAUUGGGCCAUUGGAUCUCAGAGGAACCAUAUGAGCUUUCAUCCAGCUUCCCUGCAGCUCCU